AAUAACAGUAUAGAGCCACCGAGACAUGCAGCCAGCAGCAACAGCAGCGGCGGAGCGUUCAGCACUCAUUCAGAGAGGAGCCCGGCUGCUGUGAUUCCUGGGCAACCUGCGAAGGAUUAUUUUACAUUUCUGAGCUGUUGAAACUUUUUUCGGACUCUCCGCUGCUCAGUUCUGCUUUUCAGGAUGUCUGUAGCGGGCUUGAAGAAGCAGUUUCAUAAAGCCAGUCAGUUGUUAAGUGAGAAGAUAAGUGGUGCUGAAGGAACGAAGCUCGAUGAGGACUUCAUGGAGAUGGAGCGGAAAAUAGACGUCACCAACAAGUCUGUUUUUGAGCUUCUGACCAAAACCACAGAAUACCUCCAGCCAAACCCAGCAUCACGAGCCAAGCUGGGAAUGCUGAACACUAUGUCUAAGAUCAGAGGGCAGGUGAAGACGACCGGCUACCCGCAGACGGAGGGGCUUCUGGGGGACUGCAUGCUGAAAUACGGCCGGGAACUUGGAGAUGAGUCCACAUUUGGUGCUGCUCUAGUGGACGUUGGUGAAGCUAUGAAACAGAUGGGAGAUGUUAAGGACUCUCUUGAUAUCGGUGUGAAGCAGAACUUCAUUGACCCGCUGCAAACCCUGCAGGACAAGGACCUGAAGGAGAUCGGGCAUCACCUAAAGAAGCUGGAGGGACGGCGGUUAGAUUUCGACUACAAGAAAAAACGUCAGGGGAAGAUUCCCGACGAGGAGAUCAGACAGGCAGUGGAAAAGUUUGAGGAAUCCAAAGAACUUGCAGAGCGGAGCAUGUUCAACUUCUUAGAAAACGAUGUGGAGCAGGUGAGCCAGUUAGCAUCUCUGAUAGAGGCAGCACUGGAGUACCACCGCCAGUCCUACGAAAUUCUGGAGGAUCUCAACAGCAAACUACAGAACAGGAUAGCCACAGCGAACAGCCAGCCCAGGAAAGAGUUUAAGCCAAAGUCCAUCAUGUCCAGCUUGGAGACCAUUGAUAACAACCAACAGAACGGCCUCUCCUACAGUUCCUCUCUAAAGUCCUCAGAUCAUCAAGUCACCCACAGUGUAAAUGGAAAAACUGAUCAUGUCUCCUACAUUCCCCCCAUGACACACACGUGGCCUGAAAGCCCCAGAGACAAGACGGAGCUUCACAUGGACCAGCCGUGCUGCCGCUCCCUCUACGACUUUGAGCCGGAGAACGAGGGAGAGCUUGGCUUCAAAGAGGGCGACAUUAUCAUUCUCACCAACCAGAUCGACGAGAACUGGUACGAGGGGAUGAUCAACGGAGAGUCGGGCUUUUUCCCCAUAAACUACGUGGAUGUCCUAGUACCCCUCCCCCAAUAAGCCUUGCCAUUGGCUGGCCAAUGACUCAGAAACGUUCCUCUGCCGCUUUCUUCUCCAUGGAAGUGCUGCGCUUUACCACAGACGUUCUCAGACGGUUUAUUUUUCAGUAUUUAUUUCUCUUUAUUUUCUCCUUUCCACAGUUUUCGAUGGUGGAAUGCAGUAACCUGUGUUGGCUUCUGAUUUUAGCCGUUGGCUUUUGCUCAUUGGUUGUUCUGAAAACGUGUUGCAUCCAGUAGGGUGGCUGCAUUCGUCUCUUAGGUUGUUUUUUUUUUUGUUUUUGUUUUUGGAGUCUGUCUGCUUGUGGUGUCUGCCUUAUGUGAUGCUGAGACACAUGUCAAUGGACUGUGAGUAUAUGAAUGUCUCCUGAAUCUCUCCAAGAAAUGAAUCUUUCCUCUCGUUUUGUGUUUCUCUCUCUGUCUUCAGCCUAGUUGGACCUGGAUAAGUUUUACUUGUAACUGAAUCGAUUACUAUUCGGUAGAGCUUUAAUUGGGCCUCAAAUUGUGGCUUAAACCCAAGGUUGACCCGAUCCUACCUACACCACGUUUUAAAUCCAAACCUCGCACAGAUCCAGCAAACUAACUUUUGGUGAUGCAUGAUGGGAAAAUUUUAGAAGAUAUGAAUAAAUGAUAAGUAAAUUAGUAUAUUUACCUUAUUAUAUUACGUAACCUCGCACUGACUGAUUCAGAAAGCAUGUACUGUUAUCACUAUUGAUUAUAGUAGUGCUUUAAUGUAAUUUUCAAAAAAAAAAAAAAAAAACUGUUCUGAAUUCAGUGGUGUGAAUAUCCGUAAAACAGCCUUCUUAUUGGUGUAAUGCAGCAUCCAGUCACUCAAAGCAGGAAUUGAACCCCAGUCUCUCUGUGGUAGCUCACUGACAAGUAGUGGUGUUAUCCACUGCGCCACACCAAACACAGAUUACAGUUCAUGUAAAAUCAAUAACUCACUUUAUUUUAUCAGAAAUUGAGUAUUUUCUCUAUUUCUGAACAGUAACAAUUGGCUUAAAUAUAUAUAAUAUAUUAUAAUAAACUAUAAUAAAGUUUUUUUUUACAGAUACAGGCAUAAAAGUACCAUAUUUUUUAAUCAAUAAUAACUGCCUUUGGUAAAACUAAUCCAGACCCAGUAUUAGUCUGCUUAUGUCUCUCUCUCUUCCUCUCUCCCACUCUCCCCUUCUCCCUGUAUGUCUCUAUUUACAUGUGACGUAUUGUGAUUAUAGGAGAUCAUAGUAGCCGUCACAGUGUUGUGUUGAACAGGGCGGAGACUGAAUACUCUCACUCCCGCAAGUGCUUUUUUUAAUUCCUGUUUUAUUCCUUUUUUUAUAUUUGAGACAGUGGUUAUAUUGCACUAAAGCUUUAGAGUCCACACCCAUUCAUGUGGCACAUUUCUGUGUUUGUCUUUGAACAUUGCACUUUCUACUGUAUCUCUCCCAUUAGUCCAUUAGUACAGAAAUAUAAGUAUUAUAUAUCUUAUAUAUAUAUAUAUAUAUAUAUAUAUAUAUAUACUGUGCAGAGGUUUUGACGCACCUAAACAUUAAAUUAAUAAAAAAUUGAGAAUUUCUAUCAUGAAUAAAUGACAUUUUACUGUAAAAAAAUCCAGGAGCCCUAUCUUACACCCUGCAAAAGGAACGAUGCGAUGUUCAUUGCUAUCUUACACCUCGACAUGAGUCUAUUUUCACGCCUUGGAUCUGCCCAGUUAAAAUAGCAACGGAGUUUGUGAAUAUAUAGCAACGCUGAUGGGCAUGGUGAUCUGGAAGUGAGGUGUGUGCAGGUCAGUUUCUGGCAUAUUGUUAUCUUGACAAUGGAAAACACAGGUGCACCAGUGUCUGAUGAAAACCCUGACAGUCAACAAACAGAUGUUCAUUGCUAUCUUGGCAACACAGGUGUGCCGUGCGCUCAGUGUACGUACACCCCCGCUUGUUACACACACAAACAAAGAGUGUAACAGUGUCCAAACCCAAAAUUUACAUCAACAAUAAACAGAACACAAAAUAAAAUAAGAUUGCUGUUCCCGUAAAUGUGAAUGUGCACUUAUUAAAAUACCAAUCUGCCAAAGUCGGAGCACACCUGGCUAUUAAAAUGAACGGCAAAUGACACACUGAUACACCCAAAACACACCCAUGAUUAAUUAAUGAAGAAUUAAUACAUGCCUUUUGUGUGUUUUGAGCUGUGCAAGGUGUACUUUUCCCGUCGUAACAAUAGCAAAGACACACUGACGCCCUAAAUCUAGCUGCACGAUUGAUGGCUCACCUAUGGAAUACCUAUGCUACCUAUGGACCCAGAUCACAUUAGAACAGAUGCAGGUAAUAAUAAAUACGAAACAGUACAGUAAAAGGAAGUAAACAUGAUUUUUUUAUUUUUUAUUAGACAUUAAUGAUAUGAAGAUUAUCCAGCUUUUAAUUCAAAUUUUUACCGGUGCCUAAGCUGUGCACAAUAGUGUACAUAUACCAAUCAAGCAUAACAUUAUGACCACCUACUUGUUGCCUUGUUUACACCUAUUAUCAAUUUUUCAGCUCCACUGGACUCCGAGAUCACUGUGGACUUUUUUCAGUCAAGCAUUUAAUCAUAUUUGCAGGCAGACAACCGUUCAUUUCCUAUUGGAGGACAUGAAUUGUAACGAGAGUUGAUAUUUUUGUCUAUUUCAUAUAAAUUAAUAAUGAUGGGGUGAAGCGACAUUUUAGUCUGAUUGGCCGAACAAAUUCUUCAGACCAAUCACAGACACGGGGUCCGACUUCGGCAGCUUUUGCUCUGUACGCUAUUGAUUCUUAACAUACUUUCAAAUUGCCAACAGGGGGGUUCUGAACAUGACAGAGGGGCCUAUUUCGUUUUAUGUAUGAUGUUGUAUGAUGAUAAAGCUUGGAAUAAAGGAGGGGCUAGCUCGAUAGGUAGCUUGCUAGCAUGCUAAUCGGCCAUCGCUGAUACAUGCCCACUUGCGACAGAGCAAACAACUUUAAACACAACCACAAGAGACACAGGAGACAACGUGGGGCCUGCCAGUGUAAACGCAGGGUGAGGGAUUUAAAAACACCAGCAGCACUGCUGUGGCUGAUCCACUCGUGCCAGCACAACAUCCACUCAUAAGCUCACAACCACCACCAUAUGCCACUGUCAUUGCAGUGCUAAGAAAGACCCACCACCAAAAUGAUUGCUGAUCUGUGUUGGGCCUGUGGGUCCUGACCUUUAAAGAACAGGGUGAAAAACAUAAUGGGAUAAUGGGUGUAGAAACAGGGAGGUGGUCAUAAUGUUACGCUUGAUCAGUGUAUAUACUGUAUAACAGAUAUAUAUAUAUAUAUAUAAGAAAGACUGAUAUCGAUAUGACUCAUACUGACUUGGACUGUAUGUAAUGUAAGAACUAUUUGCUUGCCUUGUAAGUGAUGUUUUGCCCAAUUUAAGAAGAUGUAAAAGAGCUGUUUUUCGUUUCACGUUCUCAGUGGAGGAAUCCUGAUCAUAUCCAGCUCUGAAAAACUUGCAGAUCUUCACGGCUCGACUGAUUCUUUUACAAACUGACCACAAGAACACUUGUCUGAAUGGAGUGUCUUAAAGUCACCAAAAAGUGUUAAUAGACUGUGUUCAGCUACGCCAUAAUCUAGACUGUGUCUUUGUUGAACUGCACUGCUUGUUUUUUUACGUUAUCUUGCGUGUCUGCUGUGUGGACACUGCGGUUUCGCAUGCCUUCAGAAUGAUUCCGAUUUUACUUUGUCUGUUUUUUUUUUUGUCUCUUUCUGCUGUCGUUGCUGCUCUUGCUGGUCAGAUGAAUGAUUAUCAGAACUGAAGAAGGAGACGAGAGGCUUAUUAACAGUAUUAAUCACGUCAGAUAUUUUCCUGUGGAGUUACAGACAGAGAUCUGAUUCUGAAGUUCCCUUUUUGAAGUAAACAUACAGAAUUAAGUCAUUGAGCUCAGGACACCCAGUCGUUAAGUACAUUUACAGGAAAACACCAGGUUCUCCUGAUCUCUUUCUGACGCAUUAGGGGUGUGUAAUCAGUUACCAUAGACAAUAAAUGGAUCAUUCCAGCACAUAAAAAAAACAGAAAAAAUAUUGGUGACUUAGAACACAGUUAUAAUAGAAGUCAAUGGGCAGCUGCUGACUUAUUAAAAGCAAACAUUUAAAAGAAAACGGAUGAAUUCUAAAGUCAUAGUUGUUGAUUUUUAUAUAUAUAUAUAAUUUUAAAAGUGGUUCAUAACAAUUAUUUAAAAUGUUAAUCUACACAGAUUUCUCUCCUGAGAACUGUUUAUUUGGGUGAGUAAAGUGCUUCCGUUAUUUACAGUAUGCUUACAUUUCUAAUAUUUUGUCUAAAUGUGAGUUUUUUUCUCCAAUAUUAAGGCUGGGUGCAGCAGCAUUAUCAUUAGCCUCUAACCGCAACGCUAGCGUGAAUAAAUGCCGCCUGUUGGCGCUAGACCAAGGAACCCUGAGUGUUCCGGUAACCCAGAGCUCUAUUAGCUAGUGGUUCAUCCCACAUUGCUUGUUUUAACACGGUAAACACGCAGACUACAGUCUAAUAUACUCACCUCUAAAAGUUGGAGGAGCUAGAGCUGCGGUUAGCGGCUAAUGCUAAUGCUGCUGCACCCAGCCUUAGUGCUGAAGAAACUCAAUUGAAAAUUCAUCCUUUACUGCUUAUUAAUACCUGACUGGUAAAAUUAAAACAAAAGGUGCACUGUCAAUUUUUGGGAAAAUUACAGGAUUUUAAGUGUGCCUUAAUGAAUUAUAAUAAAAAAAAAUUAUAAAAAUUGCUAUUUUUUUUAUAUCAGAGUACCAUAUCUCUGCUGUUUAAUAUUAUAUAUGUAUAUGAUCCGUUUUGUCUGCCUCCAUCACGUUACAGUGAUUAUAACUCUAGCCUCGAGUCAGGGGGCACAGAGGAAAGUAAAUAAUCAAGGCUUGUUUUUUUUAAUCCCUUAAUUUUUUCUGUGCCCCUUAAAUGAAUCAAAAUUAACACAUUCAUUUGACAGCCUUAAUUAACAUACAAACACAAGCCAAUAAAGUGCAGCAUUAGAAACAGGAAUGUUACAAUCCAUUAUUUUUUUUCUCAAUUAAAUCCAAGUACUCAGUACUGGUUUGGUUUGAUCACAGUAUUUUUUAUAAAUAAUACAAAUAUAAAAAUACAAAUAUACAUAUUUAGAUAUUCUUUCAAAAUUAGAGGAAUUAAAAAUUGCUCCUGCCUUUGUUUUGUUUCUGCUCAGGAUAACGUUGGGGAGUUUUAUAUUUGCUCACAUAGACACACGUGAAGCAAUUAAUUGCAGCAGCCUGUUGUCUUCUAUUGUAAAAGUGUUUAAAAUGAAUGGUUGUCCAUGCUUAUAUAGUAAGUAAAGUAUCAAUGCUACAUUUCAGGUCCAGGACUGGUGUGCAAUGAAACAGAGGACCUGUAAACACUGAGGUAUUUUUGUGUAUUAUGUAAGUUUUGUAUUAGUAGAUGACUAAAGAAUACUAGAUAUUGAGAAAAAAAAGUUUGUUAUUGUAAUCUAAUAAUUUAAUUUGAGCAUUUAACAAAAAUCCACAAAUUAGUUAAAAAAACAGUCGCUAAAUAUUUAAACAUUAUAUGCAUCCCGAUUAUGGGGGAUGUCUUUGGUAACUGAUUAUACGAUUUAUCCACAGUAGAUGUUAUGGUUAAAAACACUGGAUUCCUCCUUUAAUAUUGUACUUCUUACCGUUUCUGUGCCCUCAGUGAUUGCAGCUUGAGACGCGCAGGCCUUAAUGUGAACUUUUCUUGUAUACAGCUCUGGUGCUCAGGCGGAUUUAGCUUGAAUGAACAUUUUCCAAAAAUAGAAUGGACUUUUCACUACCAAACACUACUACUGACCCCUGACCCCUCUCUAUACCUGCCACUGCCUGUGUCUUUCCAGUGUUUUUACUCCAAAUCCCUAACCCAGUUUCUGUCACUACAGUACUCAGUGAGGAGAGAAGGACAUGGGUGGUCUGUCUUUUUGUUUUUCCUUAGUAUAAUUUAUACAGAAAGUGUUUUAUAGAUGUAAAUGAAUAUAUUACAUACUGUAUAUUGCAUAAAUAAAUGACAAAUACUGUA